AUGUGGCUUACAGAUAAUCAAAAAAUUGGAGUAGUAUUGACAGCUUUCGGAAUAGGAUUCAUAAUACUUGGAAUAAUUACAUUAUUUGAUGCAAAUUUAUUGGCCAUUGGAAAUCUUUUAUUUAUCUCAGGGCUUAUACUAAUUAUUGGAUUAAUAAAAACAUUAGUAUUUUUUUCAAGAAAACAAAAACUUCGAGGAUCUAUAUGUUUCUUUUUUGGCAUGUUUCUGGUUUUUUUCAAAAAACCAUUUCUUGGAUUUAUCAUUGAGAUAUUUGGAUUUAUAAAUCUUUUUGGGGACUUCUUUCCAAUUAUAGUUUCUUUCUUAACACAAUUUCCUAUUGUCGGACCUAUUUUAAGAAUCUCUAUAGUCAAAAAACUCUUGGAUAAAACAAUGGGUAUAUAUCAAAUACCAGUAUAA